GCCUUUGAGGCCUUUUGACAAAUAAAUCUCCACCACCUCACAUUUGAUUAUUUUCCCUCGGAAGAGCUCCUCCUCGCUAGCCUGAAAAGUGAAAACUACAAAUGCUCAAAUUCUUACUUGUUGUUAGCUAAUGGUUUUUCAAUGACAACUCUUUCCCCUUUAUCCAUCACCAUCCCAAUUAACAGACCCAGAAGUAAAUUUCUCCCCAAAUCACUUCAACCCAUAAAAUUUUACCAUCUAAAUUGCACAAAAAAUGGUGUUUUUCGUCAAAAUUGUAUAAAAAUAGAGCUGUGCGCUUAUAGAAGAAGAGGGGUCUUACAAACAAGUAAAGAUGGAAUUUUGUGGGGAGAUAGGAAGAAAUUAAGGUUGCAAAAGAGGGUAGUAUUGGUAAAAUUCAAUCAAUUUCCUAAUAAUUUCAAUGGCGGAGGUGAUAAAAGAGAUGAUGGUACAACAGCAAGAGUGUUGGGUAAUCUUGCUUUAGCUGUGGGAUUGACUUAUCUUAGUUUCACUGGCCAACUCGGUUGGCUUCUUGAUACUAUCGUCUCCCUUUGGCUGCUAGCAAUAAUUGUACCCGUAGUUGGCUUUGGAGUGUUUCUCUGGUGGGCAGGAAGAGACAUAAUUCAAGACAGUUGUCCUAGCUGUGGUAAUGCUUUUCAGGUUUUCAAAUCAACUUUAAAUGAUGAACCUCAGUUGUGCCCCUACUGCACUCAACCCUUUUCAGUGGAAGGAAAAAAGUUUGUAAAAGAACCUAUCAAUUUUUCCUCCAAGCGUUCAACUCCAUUUGGACAAACAUUUGAUGACUUUUCACCUCGGUCUAGAAAAGGGGAAAAGAACACCCCUAAGUGUCAUGCAAACUUAUUGGUGAGUGCGUUCAAUGUUUGCAAUCAUAUGAAAGAGAAUGAUUACGACGUUUUGGAACAGAACACGCAAUUGUAUCUUGCAUUGUAAAAUUCGUCUUUCAACCUGUUGUCGGAUAAAAAUGCUUCAACAUCUGUAGUUGAUAUUGAAGCUGAAGUGAAAGAUGCAGAUUGAAGCAAACAAGAUUUUAUCCCUUGUUGUAGCCGGUGCAGGUAAUGCUAUGUUUUGUUACAACGUCAAAAUUUGAACUUUCUUAUGUAUUUAGCACCCAAGUUGGUGUAGCAAACGGCAAACCCCUGUGUUUCAUGGUGCAAAUAUCGCAAGGAUGUAUAUAUGUGUAUACUCUAUUGUCAGGUUACAUGAAUUGAUUUUAUGUAGUUCAUCAUGUAACGUAUUUUUUCCAAGGAUGAGCUUGGUGGAGUCGGCCUCACGCGAGUCACACCUAGAUUUCUAAGCUGCAUAUCAAUGUUCUCAUGUAGUGUAACUUUCAAUCUGAUAAAAUUUGUACAAUGUACUGUAAUGUUAAUUAUCUUGAUACAAAAUUUUGAUAGGUUCGUUCAGUUCAUUUUGGAUGAUUUUUUUGAUAUUUAGGAGUAAAAAGGUAUGUAUCAAUUAUAAAUCCUUGAGUUAUACCCAUUACCCAACUUGUGAA